AUGAAUUCUUGGGGUUUUGUUUCAAGGGGUGAAGAUGAUAUCGUGGAGCUCUUAUGGAAGAGCGGCCAAAUCGUUGAAAGCAGCCAGACACAGAGUCCCACUACUCCUCCUCCUCCUCCCCUCAUUCUCCGCGGUAGCGGAAGUGGCGGCGGCGGAGGAGAAGAAAAUGCUCCGGUUCCGCAUCCUCCGCCUCUCCAGAUUCACCAGCAGCCGUCUGAUCAGAACCUCUUCAUCCGCGAAGACGAAAUGGCGUCUUGGCUUCACCAUCCUCUCGGCGGCGAAGACGAAUUCCACUCCCAUCUUUUCUACUCCGGCGUCGUCUCAGCUACAUCUACCCAGCCGCCGCAGAGUUCCCUCUCUCUCGGACUACCACCACUACCACCACCACCACCACCACCUACUAGGGCUCCGUACGAUCUUCCUGCGGUGAGACCGACCGGUCAGUUUAUCUCAGCGAGAACGGCGGAGAACUUUAUGAACUUCUUGAGGCUAAGAGCGAGCUUAUUUACCGGCGGUAGAGUUGAAGCAGCCGCACCGUGGAUUCCGAUGUCUUCGGCGACUGGGUCAUCUCUAACACCAGCCACGGAAGGCACCGAGAGUCGAGCGACGGUCAUUGGCGGAGUCUCCCACACUUUUCAAGUUCCCAGUCUUAGUCGGAAGGCGACUGAUAUCGCCGGACCAUCGUCUUCGGCGGUAACAAAGACCGAAACAGAGCCGAUUCCGAUAGAGCCAGCGACGGAGACGGGAACUGCCGAUGAGAGGAAGCGAAAGGAGAGAGAAGAAACCGCUGACGAAAUCCAGGAAACUGAAGAACCUCGUGGUUCAACAAGCAGGAAGAGGUCACGAGCUGCAGAAAUGCAUAAUAUCUCCGAAAGGAGACGGAGAGAAAGGAUCAACGAGAAGAUGAAGGCUCUCCAAGAACUCAUUCCUCGCUGCAACAAGUCUGAUAAAGCUUCAAUGCUGGAGGAUGCUAUCGAGUACGUGAAAUCACUACAGAUGCAAAUACAGGCAUGUCCUCAAAAACAUCGUUUGUGUACAAAAAACAAAAUGAUGUCGACGGGAGGUGGCGGUAUGAUGCCGAUGAUAUGUACACCAGAUAUGCAACGAUUCAUGCCCCACAUGGCCAUGGGGAUGAUGGGUAUGAACCGGCCUCCAUGUAUUCCUUUCCCAGGCACAGCUUUUCCUAGACCGGCUCAUAUGGCCGGUCCAGGUCCACCAUUUCCCGCACCGCCUUACCCUUUUCCAGACAGUCAAGCCUUAGACUCCUCCAGAGUCCAGUUGCCAAGUCAGCAGCCUGACCCGACGACGAACCAGCCUCAGGUGCCCGGUUACUGGAAUCCUUAUAGCCAAUUUGUUGGUCUCCACCAGAUGCAGCAGCAACAACCUCCUCCUCCAUUGCAGAAUCAAGCAACAUCACAGAUCAGUUUUACCCAGGCUAGUAGCAAGGAGCCUGAUGAUCAGGAGAAUCAACCAAAAGGUUAG